AUGGCCGAACCGACCAUUACAGAGAAACUGGAGUUGAAAUUGAAAACUUUGCAUUUUAAAAAGGAGUACCUAUUCGGAAAAGCACAAAAAUUAUACGAUUAUGCAAAAACGGUCAAAGAUGAUGACAAUAAGAUGCAAAGUUUUCUGGCUCAGUUCUCCGAGUUAGACAGUGUUCGAACAAAAUUCGAAAACACGGUCAUGGAAAUAUUGGAAAUCGACAUGCAAUUAAAACCCGGUAUGAAGCUAACUACAACUCAAUUAGAUGCCUUUGAUAGUUUAUACGAAAGUUGUAGUUUGCUUGCUCGAAAAUACCGAGCUAAAGAAACCAACAAUAUGUCGUUGAAAAGUGACCAGACCAAACCGUCGCUUCCAAAAUUAAGGAAAUUACCAGUCGAAGAGCGGAUUGACCGUGUCAAGGCUUUAAGAUUAUGCGUAAAUUGCCUAAAGAAGCAUGAUCAGAUCUGUAAUAGUUCUAUGACCUGUGGGGUUUGUAUGGGUUCUCACCAUUAUCUCCUCCACAAAGACCAGGGUCGCGCGAUCUCUGUGGGCACCUCGGCCGUGCCGUCAAACCCACCCGCGCAGCCCAGCUCAUCGUAUGGGCAACAAGCGCUCGUGACGUCGUCUCACUCCGUGAGUGACUCGGUGCCAGCGCAAGAAGCGCUGUGUUCUCUAAAUGAAUACGGCGUAGUAUUAGGAACGGCUCGGACACACAUUCUCGAUUUCAGCGGACAGUUUCAAGACUGCAGAGGAGUCAUAGACUCCGGGGCGCAGACGUCCUUCAUUACCGCAGAGUGUGCCCAACGUUUGGGACUCCCGAGUCAAAAGUGUCCUUUUUCGAUCUCCGGCCUUGGCGGGGAAUUUAUUAAAAACCAAGGUAUGGUAACGUGUACCAUAACACCGCGGCAUCAGGACUGUCCUAAGUUUACGUUAAACAUGGUCGUCGUAACUAAAGUCGCCGGUGACAUGCCUAAUGUUAACUUCCCGCGCGAAGUAAUAAAUCAAUACGAUAAAUUCGAAUUAGCUGAUCCUCAAUUUUAUAAAAAAGCGCGGGUUGAUAUUCUUUUAGGGAACGACAUAGUGUCGCAAAUUGUAACAAAUAAACCGUUGUUUAUUAAUUCCGAUAUACCUAGCGUAAUCGAGACUGUAUUCGGUUCUGUGAUUAGUGGUAAACUCGUUACGGACAAAAAAGACUCACGGGAAAGAUCUCAAAAUUAUUGUUUGUCGGUGUCAGAGGGUGAAUCACUAGACCAAGCGUUACGUGCAUUUUGGACAAUCGAGGAGGUGCCGUGCACACCCUCCAUAAACCCUCUCGACCAACUAGCCGAAGAGAUUUUCGUUAAAGAGCACACGCGGGAAUCGAACGGACGCUACGUCGUACCUUUACCGCUCGCGCCCGGUCACCCGGAGCUCGGUGAGUCAUACGCCAUCGCCGAGCGCCGCUUGCUGUAUACCGAACGUAAACUAGCGCGCACACCUGUCUUGCAGCAAGCGUAUGCAGAUUUUAUGCGGGAAUACGAGGCUUUAGACCACAUGGAGUUAUACGUAGGAGCGUCUCCUAGUAAAUAUGUAAUUCCUCAUCACAGUAUUUUAAGACCUAGCUCAUCAUCGACGCCUCUUCGCGUCGUGUUUGACGGUUCCAGUCGUUCUAAAAAUAAUCUAUCGCUUAAUGAUAUAUUAUUAACUGGUCCGAAACUUUACCGUGAUAUUUCGGCCAUUAUUCUCAACUUUCGUCUUUUCAAUUAUUGUCUCGUGUGUGAUGUUUGCAAGAUGUACCGAGCGAUAAGACUAAAGGAAAGCGAUAGAUGCUAUCAGCACAUAUUAUAUAGAUCAUCGCCCACUGAACCAAUUAAGUUAUAUGAAUUAAAAACUGUUACCUACGGACUUAGUUGUUCACCUUUUCUCGCCAUUCGUACGUUGAUUCAGCUAGCUCGCGACGAAGAGGAACGUUUCCCCCUCGCCGCGCAGGUGAUUAGAGAAGGAGUUUAUAUGGACGACGUCUUAUAUUCUUGUAAUACCUACGAGGAGGCGUGCACGGUGCAAGACCAACUUAUAGGUAUAUUUGAAAGCGGUCAGUUUUUAUUAAAAAAGUGGACGAGUAAUAGCUCAGAAUUACUGAAUCGAGUUCCUUCGGAUCAUAGGGAAUGCCCUUUGACAUUUAUGAAAGACGGAAACGAAUGUACCAUAAAGGUGCUUGGCUUAACCUGGACGCCUAAGUCCGACAAUUUUGUUUCCGCCAUAAAUAAAACAGACCCCGUUCUGACCAAACGGUCGGUCCUAAAAUUAUUAGCGUCUAUUUAUGACCCCGUCGGAUUCAUUGCACCUUGCACUUUCCUUGCUAAAUUAAUAAUGCAGGAUUUAUGGAAGUUAGGUAUCGGAUGGGAUGAUCCAUUACCGUGCGAGAUAGGUAACCUGUGGUCGACUUUCAUUUCGGAACUACCGCGACUAGCGGACAUACCUAUUGAGCGUCACAUGCUGCUGCCUGGACAAACUGAAUGCGAGUUAGUAGGUUUUUGCGAUGCGUCAUCGCGCGGGUACGCUGCAUGCAUUUACGUCGUAUCGAAUGAUGAGCGAGGCAACGUCAAGGUUCGCUUAGUGACCGCCAAGUCUAAAGUGGCGCCGGUGAAACCUAUGACGAUUCCCCGAUUAGAGCUAAUGGGAGCCGUGCUUCUUAGCAAAUUAAUAACGUUCGUUCGGGAUAAUCUAACACGAGUUAAAAUUAAUAGAAUUACAUGCUUAACGGACUCGACAAUCGUAUUGUCAUGGCUUAACACGGACGCCUAUAAAUUAAAAACGUUUGUGUGUAACCGUGUUGCACAAGUUACAGAGGUCGUACCUCCUCAUACUUGGCGUCAUGUUAGCAGCGAAAAUAACUUAGCCGAUUGUUGCUCGCGCGGCGUGUCCCCAUCUCAACUAGUCUCCGAACGUAAUCGGUGGCUAGAGGGCGCUGCGUGGUUGUAUAGUCCCUCGACUGACUGGCCCGUGUCGGUCUUCAUUCAGGAAAAGGAAUCUGAACCUCCUGAAUUAAAGCCGACCCAAAAUCUAAUUUCGGAACAAUUAGGGGCUUUCUCAGGGUAG